AUGAAGUACUCCCUCAUUGCGUCUCUGAUCCUUCAGAGCACUGUGGUGCUCGCCGAGCUCCUGCCCGUUUAUCUGCAGGGGCCGACGCCUUCGCACUUCAGGGACAUUGUCCGCAAUGACACAUACGACUUUGGCUGCAGGGCUGUCGCCAAGCCCAGCGAGGACGGCAGCCACUACAAGCUGCAUGCGUGGCUCACCGAGGAGCAGAUCGAGUAUCUAUCCAAGGAAUACGACCUGACGCCCGAGGUCUCUAUCCACAGGAGGGACCUGGACAGGCGAGCCACGGCCCCCAUCGGAACCGGCGACCGCUUCGCCGCGGGCACCAUCUCCCCCGUCGGUCUCGGGACGCAGGCUUCCGGCAAGACCAUUGCCAGCAUCAUGAACGUCGCCGAGAUCAAGUCGGCCGCCGACGCCCUCGUCAAGAACUACGGCAUCGGUUCGCUUACCCUGCCCUCCAAGACAUUCAACGGCGCCACCCAGUACGCCUACUUCACUGGCGCCGGCUCCGACAAGUCAAAGUACCACCUGUACUUCAGUGCCGGCGUGCACGCCCGCGAGCGCGGCGGCCCCGACAACAUCAUCUACUGGGUCUCUGACCUGCUCGCGGCCAACAAGUCCGGCAGCGGCCUCACCUACGGCAAGAAGACAUACACCAACGCCCAGGUCAAGAGUGUCCUUGCCGCCGGCAUCGUUUUCUUCCCCCUGGUGAACGCCGACGGUGUCGCCUACGACCAGUCGUCCGGCUCGCUCUGGCGCAAGAACCGCAACACAAAGUCCGGCUCCAGCGGCGGCUCCGUCGGCGUCGACAUCAACCGCAACUUUGACUUCCUCUGGAACUUCAAAAAGUACUUUGACCCGUCCGAGGCGCCCGCCUCCACCUCGCCCAGCUCCGAGGUCUUUGCCGGCACAGCCGCCGCCUCGGAGCCCGAGACCAAGAACCUCGUCUCCGUCUACGACUCGUUCCCCAACAUCCGCUGGUUCAUGGACAUCCACUCUGCCGUCGGCGACCUCCUCUACAGCUGGGGCGACGAUGACGACCAGACCACCACCUCCGCCAUGAACUUUCUCAACCCGGCCUACGACGGCAAGCGCGGCCCCGUCGGCGACUCGGCGUACAAGGAGUACAUCCCGGCCACCGACCUCACCAACAUCCGCUCCGUCGCCACCGCCACCAUCAACGCCAUGAAGGCCGUUGGCGGCCGCGCCUACACGUCCAUGCAAGCUGUCGGUCUCUACCCCACGUCCGGCGCCAGCGACGACUACUCCUUCUCCCGCUUCUGGGCCAAGCCCGGUGUCAACAAGGUCUACGGAUACACCUUGGAGUUUGGUCCCUCGGGUAACUUCUACCCGACUUCGGCCGAGUUCAACACCAACAUUCUCGACACGAAUGCGGGAUUCAUGGACUGGGCAUUGGCUGCGAUCAGCGUUGGUUUGGUUUGA